UUUACAUACCACGUGAUCUACAUUAAACCGCAAUGACCUCUCUUGCGAGCUAGCUGCAGCUAACCAGUAAUACCAAACUGUAGGGAAUAUUUCACACCAUGGACCAAACUAAAGAAGAGGACUUUGGAUACGACCUAUUCCCGGAGAGAAGGAAGGGAAAGUACAAGAAGGGAUCAAUCGCGGAGAGCCUGUUCACGUUUAACCACAAGUGUCAGGUCAUGUUGCAGUUCGCAAUGGAAACUAGUCCCUAUGCCAAACUCCUCCUCAGUGCCAUGAAGAGUUCAGGAUGCAAAGUGUGGAAAGAUAGACAUUUUUCAUGCGAGGACUGUGAUGGGACGGUCAGCGGGGGUUUCGAUGCAGCUUCUUCUCAAAUCGUUCUGUGCCAGAACAAUAUCCACCAGCAGUCUCAUAUGAACCGAGUGGUCACACACGAGCUCAUCCAUGCGUUUGAUCACUGCCGGGCCGACGUCGACUGGUUCAACAACUUCAGACAUCUCGCUUGUUCUGAGAUUCGGGCAGCUAACCUCAGCGGAGAUUGUUCCUUUAGCAACGAAGUUUCCAGGUUUAACUUUGGCUUAAAGCAGCAUCAUCAGGAGUGCGUCCGAAGCCGUGCAAUCCGCUCUAUCCUUGCUGUGAGGAAAAUUAACCGGGAGGAGGCAGAGAAAAUAGUCGAUGAGGUCUUUGAGCCGUGUUUCAACGACCACACACCUUUUGGACGAAUUCCACACAGCAAGAAAGAUGCCAAAUUUGCCUACAGAGAUUAUGAGAACAGAGAUCGAUAUUAUGCAAACCUUUAAUAUCGUUGCAUUCUCAUUUGACUCCUAAGGGUGCUGUGAAUGUCAGUGACGCUGGCGUGAGCUUGGCAGCAUUAAGGCUGGCAUUAAAAAAAAACUCAACAGAAUGACCGUUGAAAACAAUCACCCCUUCAGAAGGGGUUUUCAGAGAAUCUUUCGUCCUUAGAUGGGGAAGCUAAAGGAAGGAGCUACAGUACAUUUCAUUUUUACCUUGACUCAUUCUCUGUAAAUAAUGUAUUAAAUAUAUAAAUUAGGUGAUCAAUGGGUGCUUUAAGGGAAUACAAUACUUCCCAUUUAUCCAUCUGUGUUCGUUGCGAGUGUCCUUAGAUCACUUUAUCAUUGGCUCUUGAUUUUCUUACCACAUUGAAUUCAACUAGGUUCCUUUUUAAAUAGAGCUGAUUGCAGAAAAAGAAUCAACUCGUACUUUAAUUAAAGUGUGAUUCCCUCAAACAAGCUGAA